GGAUUAGAUUCACUCACUCACUCACUCACUCACUCACUCGGGAAUUGGUUCUGCUGAGACGCCGGUGUCACACUGUCGUCACACACUGUCACCCAGGAUCCUCGCUCCAAGACACUUCCUCUUCUCUCAGUGUGGCUCAGCAGAAAUAGAUUACAGCACUCAGUCACUCAGUGCUGGUUGAGAGAUGGACCAUAAAAUACUACCUAGGCAGGACAACACUAUACAGUCAUUUACUGACUCACCUAUUAACCUGCCUCUUACAGUGCUUCUGUAAGAUUUGUGGAAUUUUACUUUUGUGGAUUUCCAUAGACAUCUGCGGUGUUGAAAGGAGUAACUUUGUGCUUUGUUAGGAGUUUGUGGCUUCCAAUUUCAAGGUAUUUUUGGGAUCCUUGUCAUUGUUCAGAUCGCUUCAGAGGUUCAUCAUUAGUUAUUGGGCAGCAUUUGAGGACACCUGAGGAACAGAUGUUAUCCUUGGAUUUAAAGCGUGCAUAGUAUCUCCAAUGGGUUUCUGUCCAAGUGGUCUGGCUGCACUGUUGCUGACAUUGGCGUAUUCGACUACUGGAAUAAUCAAUUGAAUCUGAUGUGGCUGUUGGACAUCUGCUUGCAUAUUGACUUAUCGGGAGCACAGAAAGCCAUCUCAAACCUGGUUUUGUGUGUGUGUGUGUGUGUCCUGGUUGGAGCAGAGUAUUGCUAUGUUUUUCUCCUGGAUUCUCUAGCAGAACUCUAGGGUAGAACAUUAGCAUAUGUGACAUUUUGCAUUCAUGUUCACCUCCACCCUAAAGUUUCACCUCACGACACAUAUCCCUGAGGCUAAGGAGUGCCUUUCAGUGCCUUAAGUUGACCUGGUACCCCAUGUCGUCUGACUCUUGCCAUCUCACCGGGGCCCAGAGAGCUGUGUGCAGGCUGGUCCACCGGGGCCCCAGACCGCGGGCCCUGCUGAGGCCCAUAAGGCUGGAGCUGGGGGUGUAUGUGGAGAAGACCCGUACUAAACAGAAACACAGGAUGGAGGCUUCGUGUCUGGAGUUGGCGCUGGAGGGAGAGAGGCUGUGUAAGGCGGGGGACUUUAAAGGUGGGACAGCGUUUUUCGAGGCGUCUGUGCAGGUGGGAACAGAAGACCUGAAGACCCUCAGUGCCAUCUACAGCCAGCUGGGCAAUGCCUACUUCUACCUGAAGGAAUACGGCAAGGCUCUGGAGUACCAUAGACACGACCUCACUCUGGCCAGGACAAUAGGGGACAGGAUAGGGGAAGGGAAAGCCAGCGGUAACCUUGGAAACACGCUGAAGGUUUUGGGGCGCUUCGACGAGGCGGCAGUGUGCUGUCAGAGACACCUGGACAUCUCUCAAGAGCAAGGGGACAAGGUGGGAGAGGCCAGGGCUCUGUAUAAUAUAGGGAACGUGUUCCAUGCCAAGGGAAAGCAGCAGUUAUGGGGCUGCACCCAGGACCCUGGGGACCUCCCACCAGACGUCAGAGAUACACUGCAAAGGGCUACUGGCUUCUACGAGAUGAACCUGUGUCUGGUCAAAGAGCUGGGCGACAGAGCCGCUCAGGGGAGGGCCUUUGGUAACCUAGGCAACACCCACUACCUGUUGGGAAAUUUUGUGGAGGCCAUCAAAUUCCACAGACAGAGACUUUCCAUUGCCAAGGAGUUCGGUGACAAAGCAGCAGAACGUAGAGCCUAUAGUAACCUUGGCAAUGCUCUGAUUUUCCUGGGCCAGUUCAACACUGCCACGGAGUACUACAGGAAAACUCUGCAGCUGUCUCGUCAGUUAAAGGACCAGGUGAUGGAGGCCCAGGCGUGUUACAGCCUGGGGAACACCUACACUUUGCUGCAGCAGUACGAGAGAGCCAUAGACUACCAUCUCAAACACCUCCUCAUAGCCCAGGAGUUCACUGACAGGGUUGGAGAGGGCCGUGCCUGCUGGAGUCUGGGAAAUGCCUAUGUAUCUUUAGGGAAUCAUCGCCAGGCCCUGCACUAUGCCCGCAAACACCUGGAUAUCUCCAGAGAGAUUGGGGACAGGAAUGGCGAGUUGACUGCCAGGAUGAAUGUGGAGCAGCUGAUGGAGGCUCUGGGGGUCAACGAGAGUGACCUUUCACCCUGCGGGUCAGAGUUUGAGGUGCAAGGAGCCAGACCCAAAAUUACCAAGAGAAACAGUAUGGACAGUGUCGAACUGUGGAAGUACUCGUCAGAUAAGAAUGGAGACAGCCAGGAAUUGGACAGUAUAUCCCGGAGAUCCAAGAGUCAGCAGUCUCAGCCAAGUAGAGGGAAGGGCUACCCCGACAGCCAGUCCUCAGAUGAGAGGCAGUGGUUUGACUCCCCUGUGGACGCCGAUGAAAUCACAGUCCAAGUCCCGCCUCCGAAGCUAAGUCGUGACCCCUCUGAUGAGGACUGCUUCUUCGACCUCCUCAGCAAGUUUCAGAGCAGCCGCAUGGAUGACCAGCGCUGCCACCUUGACGACCCGAACAUAGAGAAUGGAGAAAACGGCGAGAAUGGAGGGGCUGUCUCUCUUAAUGAAAUGCUAGAUCCAGCGCUCAUCACCUCGCCCCAGACAGAGGAGCUGUUUGACCUGAUCGUCAGCUCCCAGAGCCGUCGCCUGGAUGACCAGCGGGUCAGCGUCAGCAACCUGCCCGGCCUCAGGAUCACCCAUAACAACCUGGGCCACCUGUGUGUUGACACAGACCCCCAGGAGCCCAGCGAUGACUUCUUCAACAUGCUCGUCAAGUGCCAGUCCUCCAGGAUUGAUGACCAGCGGUGCUCCCCACCAGAAGGGAGCCCCCGGGCUCCCACGGUGCCUGACGAGGACUUCUUCAGUCUGAUCCAGAGAGCACAGGCCAAGCGCAUGGACGAGCAGCGGGUCCACCUCCCCUCAGAUGAACAGGACGGGCCCGACUCCGACCCAUCCGGGGACUCCAGCUAGGGGCCCAAGCAAUCAGCCCUGGGGGCAGGGUUUGAGACUGUGACCAUUUAACUUGGCAAUGCAAAACCAACUUUAAAUUGGUCGCUAGGGUGUCAGUGAAAAUGUUUUGCUUGUCAUCUUAGUUUUUGGUUCACAAUUAGCUUUUUUUCUAUUAUCAAGAUUUAUUCUAACAGCAGUGGGCAGCAACAAUGGGUAUGCAAACCAGGUAUUCAAAAGUUUAGUCCGGAGUCUUGGUUGAAUCUUUGUGAUGUGCAAUUCAGUCAUCAUGCACUGUUUGAAUGAACGUGUCUAAAGGCUUUCCUAAAAAACCUUCCCAAUUAAAUGUUGACUGGAAAGUAGGACUACCUGACAGAAUGUGGGGAGGCAGGUAGCCUAGUGUUUAGAGUGUUGGACUAGUAACCGAAAGGUUGCAAGAUCAAAUCCCCGAGCUGACAAGGUAAAAAUCUGUCGUUCUGCCCCUGAACAAGGCAGUUAACCCACUGUUCCUAGGCCGUCAUUGAAAAUAAGAAUUUGUUCUUAACUGACUUGCCUAGUUAAAUAAAGGUAAAAAAAAAAAAAAAAAAAAGAUAUCAUAAUGAUUUGUAUCAAUCGCAGAGCAUUUUUCGCAAACUGUCAGUGUAGCCUACACUGUACAUUGCACAGUACAAAAACACUGCUAGGCAAUUUAAUUAAAUGCAACUUAAUUCUCCAGUUAUACUUUUUUGGAUUGUUCCCAGACCUUAAAUGUGGUCUCCUGAUGUGGUUUAAGCAUUGUUGUGGACUUAAAACAUCCAAGUUGUUGUAGUUUUCCUAUAAAAAAAAAGUGUGAUUUUGACAGUGAAAACCUGGAUUUAACAAGGAAAACUAUUCAAUUAAACCGGGAAAACUGAAUUUACCAAAACUGAUUUUAUAGGGCUCUACACUUGUAGACUGACUGUUCAAAAUCGCUAACACUAACCAGGUUUCCAUCCAACCUUUUUAUGUGAGUUAAGUACAUGUCGGAUAAGUACAUGUCGGAUAAGACAUUUCACGACAGGCCAGAUGUAAACAGCUAAUAUAUCGGUAAUCUUUCCAAAUAUUGACAAAACAAAAUACGCUACACAAGGUGUGAUCUUUUUGUGUCUGUAAAAUUAAUUAGUGAGAAAUGGUGGUGGAAACGCCUUUAUGCACAAAUAUUGAUCAUCAUAUCAAAGUAAACUUGGAGUCACGUGAUGAUAUGUUGUGAGGUUCUCCCACUACGACUUGGGAAACCAUGCAGUUUAUUAGGCUACAGAUGAAAUAGCUUAUGGGCUGUUGAAAAUGUACGGUAAUGAGCUUGAUGCUCCUAUACAAUACAUAUCGAGGGUGUUAUUCUGGUGACAUGAUGCUUGGCUGCCAUUUGACUAUAAUAAUCUCAUCAUGUAGGCUAUGCCCACACUGUAUCUACAAGCUGUUGGCUAGAGGGCACGAGCCAAGACCAGAGUGGGCACAUUCGCUAUAUAACUCACCAACAAAAAAUGUCACACAACCAUCAGUAGACUUGAAAAUGCGAUGGAAACCCAUUUAACAUUUUUUUAUUUGGUAACCUCAAAAAUAAUUUGUAUGUGCCGCACACAGCCUUUUAUCCACAUCAAGUCAAUUUGAUGGAAACUCAUCUCUGGUGGGAAAAGUAUUGAGUAUUCGCAUGAAAAUCUGUCGCUGAUUGGAUGGAAACCUAGCUAUUAACACAAUUUUUGAGAUUGUGCAAAGGUUUUAUUUUUUUCCCUCCAAACAAUCAAUGUAAAUAUGAUACUGUCAAGUUAAAAUUGAAUUAUUUCUGUAUGGAGGGUAGGACAUUAUAAGCUACUUGCUCAGCGUGCAUCAUCCGCUUUACCAGGAGAGUAUUCUUUUCAUUGGCGCCAGUAGCUCCCAGUUGGCACUGGCCCGGUGUGCCACUGGCAAAUUUACCUGAAUGUCAAGCCCUGCAAAGGCAUGCUAAUUUACCAGAUGGCUUUUCAUUACUUUCCUGGUUCUCUAUGAAAUGCAGCUACAUUAUAAGUCACAGGUGAGGUCAUUAUCAUGGGGUGUGACCAAAUCAUGUACUGGUGCCAUCAACUGGUCUGCAACCCUGCCUGGGCCACCACUCGAGGAGAUCCUUGAAGGGAUCGAAGUAAAUUAGGUUGAUGUGUGACGCAAGAUCCAAACACCAUGUGCAAUAGGUAGCACCCUUUCAGCUGUUGUGAAUCUGUUUAGGUUUGAAAGGUGUACAAAUCCAAAUUCUAGGAGAAAUCUAUGUGAAUGAAGGUUUGAAGUGUUUCGCUAGGGUUUGAGACGCCAACAAGAUAUUUACUGUACCCCAUCUACUGCCUUAAGUCCGUUUUUUUCAAACUCCGAUUGUAUUCCUAAGUAUCAGGGGUCGGUGAUUUCAAAGCGUAUAAUGGAGAAGUAUUUGGUUUGAAGGAUGACGAUUGCUGCUGGUAUUUUUGGUGACAAGUUUUCUGUGUCAAAAUUGCAUUCAGUGUUAGACAACAGCUCAAGAGACUACAGGAAUAAUUAUAAAGCAGCAUGGUUAGUCAAGGUCUAGUCAUUAUAGUCUAGUCAUUAUAGAGUUCGUCUUCUGGAGUCCAAACAGGUUUAAAACAAAAUAUUAUACAUUUAUCAAAGUACAUUUUAUGUAUAAUAGUAUACAAAAUGUCAAGAAAAUAUUGUUUUAGAGAGAGUUGAAUCAAGCUCGAAUCAAAGUGCAUCUCUUCAGUUAGGCCAUGGAAGUGCCAAUAGUGCAGUAUAUAGGCAGUAUACUGAUUGCAAUCAACAAAUGUCUAGUGGUUAAGCCCCCACAAUGCCAUCAACUUGAUCAACCUGUCUCUGACCAAUGACCUUAUAGCUGACAGUCUAAUGGAUCGGGACUUUUUUAGGACAGCACAGGAGUAGAUGUAUAGCCUAUGCACACACAAUCCUGUGUUGCAGGGAUCUCCUUCUACAUUUCCACAGCUGUUAGUCUUCAGUUUCCAAUUGUCUAGGAGGGGUUAGUUUUAUAUUCUGCUGAUAUACUGUCCCUUUGUGGAGAAACAUGUGUACUACAGCUGUAAGGUGUGUCCCAUUGGAAAUGAGACUUUCGUAAUUCCUGAGGAUGAGGUUGAGGAUGUAAUCUUGUGAGCAAGUAUAAUGCUUUUAAGCACUUUUUAUUAUUUCAGUGACAAGCUAUACUUAACUGUACAGUAUAUACUUUGCAUAUUUUUUGCAGAUCAUUUUGUAAAGGUUAGAGUAUAUUUGCAAAAAAUGUUAGUGCCUUUUGUAUUUCUGUUCUCUUGUGGUUAUCAGAAUUAUCCUGUAGAGUUAUCCUGUAGCAGACCCAGUGGACCAAAGACAGGUGUAUACUGGAGAAAUGAAACAAAAACGGCUUGUAGUAAGAUCUAAACGUACAGUAACGUGUUGCCUAACUGAUGAUCCAUAAUGGACAUUUUUGUUGCUCUUCCUCUUUGGGACUCCAUUUGUAAAUGUUAGUUUUACCGUGUAGCUCUACUUUGUACCUCAAGAGUCAUGACCCUAUCCCAGAGUGGGUCAUAAACCUAACUCAGGAUGGGUCGUGAUCUAUAUGAUUCAUCUCGAUCUCUGUAAUAAGAGGCUUACAAGGUCCCCACUGUUUUCCAAACAGAGCUAGUUUCCUCUAUUUUUCCAUCUCUUAUAAGGAUAAACUUGGUCCAGAUCUAUCCGGUACGCUUCUAUUUGUCACUACCAUAUGUACAUAUAUUUUUUGUAUUUAUGUUCCAUUUGAGGACAUGAAGAUGUCCCGUCUGCUUUUAAUAAAAUAUUGAUUCCAAUGUUU